AUUGUGCCCCGCAGCUGCCGAACCGCCCGCCUGCCCGCCCGCCGCCCGUUCGGCGGCGUCAGUCGGCGAGAGAGUCAGUCCGGUGGUGGGUGCGGAGCCUGGGGCCGUUUCCGAGGCUUCAUCUCCCUGCCCGUUUCCCUCGUCCCUACCCGCUCAGCCUUCGCCCCCCAUCCCGGCUCCGUCACCCUCCCGCCCCCCACACUCAAGACGAGAAUGCCCUGCCCGGAACAACCCAGCAGCACCUAGAUGGCUUUGGUCACGGUCCAGCGGUCGCCUACCCCCAGCACCACCUCCAGCCCCUGCGCCUCGAGCUCUUAUUUGGAAGACAGUGAAUCAGCAGCAUUACUUUGCUGUGAAUGUGGAGAAUCAGAAAUCUUUAGUGAUUUCAAUGAGGCAGACAGUGGGGAGGAGGAAUGCCGGUCACAGCCCAGAAGCAUCAGCGAGAGCUUCCUAACUGUCAAAGGUGCUGCCCUUUUUCUACCACGAGGGAAUGGCUCAUCUACACCAAGAGUCAGCCACAGACGCAACAAGCAUGCAGGUGAUCUCCAACAGCAUCUUCAAGCAAUGUUCAUAUUACUCCGCCCAGAAGACAACAUAAGGCUGGCUGUAAGACUGGAAAGUACUUACCAAAAUCGAACACGCUAUAUGGUUGUGGUUUCAACUAAUGGUAGACAAGACACUGAAGAGAGCAUUGUCCUGGGGAUGGAUUUUUCUUCUAAUGACAGUAGCACUUGUACCAUGGGCUUGGUCUUGCCUCUCUGGAGUGACACCCUAAUUCAUUUGGAUGGUGAUGGUGGGUUCAGCGUAUCAACAGAUAACAGAGUUCACAUAUUCAAGCCUGUAUCUGUGCAAGCAAUGUGGUCUGCACUACAGAGUUUGCACAAGGCUUGUGAAGUGGCCAGAAUGCAUAACUACUAUCCAGGCAGCCUUUUUCUCACUUGGGUGAGUUAUUACGAGAGCCAUAUCAACUCAGAUCAGUCCUCAGUCAAUGAAUGGAAUGCUAUGCAGGAUGUGCAGUCUCAUCGGCCUGACUCUCCAGCCCUCUUCACAGACAUACCAACUGAACGUGAGCGAACAGAAAGGCUUAUUAAGACCAAAUUAAGAGAGAUUAUGAUGCAAAAAGAUUUGGAGAAUAUCACCUCCAAAGAGAUACGCACAGAGUUGGAAAUGCAGAUGGUGUGCAACUUGCGAGAAUUUAAGGAAUUCAUAGAUAAUGAAAUGAUAGUGAUCCUUGGUCAGAUGGAUAGUCCUACACAGAUAUUUGAGCAUGUGUUCCUGGGCUCAGAAUGGAAUGCCUCGAACUUAGAGGACUUGCAGAACCGAGGGGUGCGGUAUAUCUUGAACGUCACUCGAGAGAUAGAUAACUUCUUCCCUGGAGUCUUUGAGUAUCAUAACAUUCGAGUAUAUGAUGAAGAGGCAACAGAUCUCCUGGCUUACUGGAAUGACACUUACAAAUUCAUCUCUAAAGCAAAGAAACAUGGGUCUAAAUGUCUUGUGCACUGCAAAAUGGGGGUGAGUCGCUCAGCCUCCACUGUGAUUGCCUAUGCAAUGAAGGAGUAUGGAUGGAAUCUGGAUCGAGCCUAUGACUAUGUGAAGGAAAGACGAACGGUGACAAAGCCUAACCCCAGCUUCAUGAGACAACUGGAAGAAUACCAAGGGAUCUUGCUGGCCAGCAAACAGAGGCAUAACAAACUCUGGAGAUCUCAUUCAGACAGUGACCUUUCAGACCACCAUGAACCCAUCUGUAAACCUGGGCUCGAGCUCAACAAGAAGGAGAUGACCACGUCAGCAGACCAGAUCACUGAGGUGAAGACUGUGGAGAACCUUGCAGCCAUGCCUCCUGUCUUUGUGGAACACAUGCUCCCACAGGAUGCAAGUCAGACAGGAGUGUGCACCAAAGAAAGACUCAUCUGCCUGGAGCUCUCUUCACAGGAGUUUCGUGCUGGGCAGAUUGAAGACGAAUUAAACUUAAAUGACAUCAAUGGAUGCUCGUCAGGGUGUUGUCUCAGUGAAUCAAAAUUCCCUCUUGACAACUGCCAUGCAUCUAAAGCCUUACUCCAACCUGGACAGGCCCCAGACAUUGCCAACAAGUUCCCAGACUUAGCAGUGGAAGAUUUGGAGACGGACGCACUGAAAGCAGACAUGAAUGUCCACUUACUGCCAAUGGAAGAGUUGACAUCGAGACUGAAAGACCUCCCCAUGUCACCUGAUCUGGAGUCACCAAGCCCCCAAGCUAGUUGCCAAGCUGCCAUCUCCGAUUUUAGUACAGAUCGUAUUGAUUUUUUUAGUGCCCUAGAGAAAUUUGUAGAGCUUUCUCAAGAAACCCGGUCUCGGUCUUUUUCUCACUCAAGGAUAGAAGAAUUAGGUGGAGGAAGGAGUGAGGGUUGUCGCUUGUCAGUGAUAGAAGUAGCACCUUCAGAAAUGGCAGCCGAUGACCAGAGAAGCAGCUCUUUGAGUAAUACUCCCCACGCCUCUGAAGAGUCUUCCGUGGAUGAGGACCAGUCAAAGGCAAUCUCAGACCUUGUCAGCCCGGACAUCAUCAUGCAAUCUCACUCAGAAAAUGCAAUUUCAGUCAAAGAAAUUGUCACUGAAAUUGAGUCCAUUAGUCAAGGAGUUGGGCAGGUUCAGUUAAAAGGAGAUAUCCUCUCUAACCCAUGCCACACACCAAAGAAGAGCACUGUCCAUGAGCUGCCCCUGGAGAGAGUACAAGCCCUUGAGAACAAACCUGGACAUUUGGAGCAGGACGAGAGUUUCUGUAGUGUCCAGCCAGAACUAGCUAGAGACUUGGGGAAGUGUGCCCCAGAAGAAGGCUGUGUGACCACACACUCAUCCACAGUAGACUUGGAAGAAGAGGAAACAGUUGAGGGGGAACAUGACUGGAGCCCAGGGAUACACUCUGGUGCCAAGUGGUGCCCUGGGUCUGUGAGGCGAGCCACCCUGGAAUUUGAAGAGCGCUUGCGACAAGAGCAAGAGAACCAUGGUACAACCUCUGCAGGUCCCACAUUAUCCAAUCGCAAAAACUCUAAGAAUGAUUCUUCUAUGGCAGACUUAAUGCCAAAAUGGAAAAGUGAUGAAACUGCCCCAGAACAUUCAUUUUUCCUCAAAGAAGCCGAACCGAGCAAGAGUAAAGGGAAAUGCAGUGGUUCUGAAGCCGGAUCACUAUCCCACUGUGAGCAUACUCCCACUGUUCCAGCCUCUGAGCUGCUGGAGCAUCAUCCCUUGCCAGCUCCUCAGGACUGCCUAGGGUCAGAUAGUAGAAGUAAGACGUGGGAAGGGGAGCUGAAGAAGCAGAGGACUGUGGUUCCAAGCCAGGAAUGUGAGACACAGGCCGUCCUUCUUCCCCUGCCCAAGAAAAUAGAAAUCAUUGAGUAUACACCAACAGUUACCUCACUGGAUCACACUGAGCCAGGAGGUGAGACAACACACAGCAAAGAGGGUGAGAAGCAAGGACUGAGGAGCGUGAAGAUGGAGAGGUCUGUCACUAUGUUUUGUGCUCUAGAUGAAAAUCUGAACAGGACUCUGGACCCCAGUCAAGUUUCUCUGCAUCCCCAAGUGCUACCUCUGCCUCAUUCUUCCUCUGAGUAUGACAGGCCCACUGACCCAAGCUCUAUGUUAAGUAGCCCUCAAGACAAAGGGGACAGUCCAUCCACACCCUUCAAGACAGCAGCACCUUUUGUCAGUUUCAGUACCCAGGGAGCAUCUGUCAGCUUGGAUUGUUUGCUUCCCCAUUCCGUGGUUCACCUGGAAGGCUGCACAGAGCAAAGCAGUAGCACAGACAGUGAGCUGUCUUCAGAGCGGGUUAGCUGGGAGGAGAGCAGGGGGGACUUCCUUUGCAGUGGUAGUAGAAUGGCAUACAUGUCCUCCCCAUUAACUAACAAAGACCUAAGUUUAAUUAACAAAGUUGGUGACAGUGUUGGCGUGUUACAGAAAAAACUGGACCCCUCACCCGAAGCCUGUCGAAUCCCACAUAGCUCUAGUAGUGAGAAUAUAAGAGAUGUCAGCCACAGCCCUGGUGUGGUGAAGGAACACACUAAAGAAGUUGAGUCUCGAGUGAUCUUCCAGGCAGGGUUCUCCAAAACAUCACCAGUGCAGCGCUCGGCUUCCCUUGCCAAGCUGAGUUACCUGGACCUUUGUAAAGACUACUUACCGGAUAGAGAGCUUGUCUCCUCAGAAUCCCCUCACCUCAAACUGCUUCAGCCCUUCCUCAGAACAGACUCAGGCAUGCAUGCCUUGAUGGCCCACAAGCCCUCCGAGAGCCCAGGCGCCCACCAGAGCCCACAGCCCACCAAGUAUUCUGUAGAGCAACUCAAAACAGCAGAGUGUGUUGUGCAGAGCAAACCAGUGGAGAGGUCCAGUGUGCAGUAUGCCAAAGAGUUUGGUUACAGUCAGCAGCAGUGUUUGCUCCCCAAGGCAAGACCGGGAUUGACUAGUUCUGAAGGAGGCCUUCCUUUGCUACAGACACAGGGUCUGCAAUAUACAGGCCCCUCUCCAGGGCUGGCUGUGGCACCCCGUCAGCAACAUGGCAGAACUCACCCCCUUAGGAGACUGAAAAGAGCAAAUGAUAAAAAACGGACAACCAACCCCUUCUAUAACACCAUGUGAUCCUGAGCCCACACACUUGAUUUUCUAAGAAAAUGUUUGUUAAAGGGGUGGUGUAAUAUGUAAGGAACAUGCACUUUAUUGGUUAAUUUUAUAAUAUUUUUGGUCAUUUUACUGUUCCUGGCUCAUGCAGGGUUUGGGUUUUUCCAUGUGUGUGCGUGCAUGUAUGUAUGUGUGUAUGCGUGUGCAUGUGUGUGUGUAUGUAUGUAUGUAUGUAUGUGUACUGAUUUGGAUGGCAAGAUCAUUUUAUUUUUUUUAUUUUUUAAAAAUUCAAACCUCAAAACAAAUUUUUUUUCAAAGAGCACCUUUAUCAAAGGCAAAUUGCUGUUUUUCAAUCAACUGCCACCUGUCUCUUCUCCUUUUGCCCUCUGAGAAAAGACAUGCCUGCUCGGUUGAGAGAAAAAACCAGAUGGGGUAGGUGGCCCUGAAGCUGGGAACUGAAGGCGACCUAUCUGCUGAAGGGCAGAGGGAAGUCACUGGUGUCAUCCUCCUCCAGCCCUCCUUUGGAGUCUGUGAAGUUACUGCUCUGCUUUGUUCUAGGAGGCAGUUGAGACUCCCAUUUCUUCUGAUAUUCCAAAAUGCAUCGAUCAUUAGAGGAAAAAGGAGUAGUAAUUGGCCUACUGAUAGAAAUGGACGAAGCCAAUAAUUUUCCCCAAGAAAACAAUCUGAAAAUCAAAGGGAACCCUAAUCAAAAUUCAAGGUCAUCUGUAGAGAGAAGGUGGAGUCAAAGGUGGAAAUACAGCCCCUGAGUGGCUGCAGGGGCGGGGGAGGGGGGCAGUGGAAUCCACCCAGGUGAGUCCUGGCCCUGCUGCCAGAUCCCCGCUUGCCCGAUGACAGGCUGUGCCACCGCUCCCCAACUAAAGACCUGGAAACAGGCUUGAAGAACAGCCAAGUCAGUGUGUUCUUGUAAAAUGAAUACAUACUAUGGGGUUUUCACCCUGUUACUUGAAUACUCUGUGGGCCUUCUGAGUUUAAUGGUCGUGGUUUUCCAGUUGAUUUCUUCUCUCUUGCUGUUUCUCCAUCCUGUCCUUUUCUUAAUUUCACAAAUUAUAUUUUGUUACAUUACAUAUAUAGAACCUAUUAACACUUGAUGCAAGUUUUCCCCCUAACUUUUCCUGGGUUUGUCUUUCCCUACAGUUCAUACACAGUAUUUAUGUACAUAAUGUCAGUUCUUUAGUGGUUCACGGUUGAUAUUGGGGGUCUUUUGAUUUAUUCUUGUUAAGGAGUAGAGUUGCAACUGGAAAAGAGUGAGAUACCAGAAAUAAACUGGUAGUUUUUGGUAGAAACCUUUAUUUUAAAUGAAAACUUGUCAUUGCCAGCUCCUGCCAAAUUAAGUACUUCCUCUUAAGAAACCCCUGCAGACUCCCACUUGAUCACAUUGAACGCUGCUGGCUUCUGCUUGAGGCUCAAGUCCCAGGUCACCGUCUGCCAGUAAUUGAAGCCCAGCCAGAUAUGUGUCAUCGCUGCCCAAAGUAGGAGGCUCCUGGUGUGAGGCUGAGAGGCUGGGGCGGCUCAGCCAAGGGUACAGAUUCCAUUUAGGAUGCUAUCGCUUUGUUGCCCUCCUGCUGCUCUUUAACACUGGCCUAUCUACUGCAAGUAUGCCUCUGAGAAUAGUACAGAAAACACCUGGCGGUAGCCACCACAACUCAGCAAAACGGAAGAGGUCUGCAGUGUGCUUCCUGCUUGGCUUUUGUUGAUGUCUGCAAUGCUGAGAAUUGUCUGGGUAGGAGCCAGGGGCUUGGGUUUUUAAUUCAUCAUAGCCCUAGUUGGAAAAGGACAGACACACAGAUUAUCACUAGAGGCAGACUUUGGAGGGAACAGGUAGUAGGGUGCAGGAAAAGUAGACUGCAGCCAUUUUCAAGUGCUCCAGAGCUGGGAGUCCACUUGCCAAGCAGUUAGAGACCACCUGCUGAAAAUAUGUGGUGUAGAAGUUAUAUAUCCCUGUGCUGUCUUUCAGUAGUUUCUUUAAAUGUCACAGCUUUGCGCUGGAUAUUUGUGUGUUGUCUCACUAGGUGGUAUGUAUCAUUGUGAGGGAGGCUUGGGAGGAAGGAUGGUGGCUUCCAGGACCUAUCUGCUAAAGAAUCCUGUCUACCAGUAUGGUGGGAGAAUGAGAAGUUCUGAUAGGGUGAGGAGUGUUUACAUCAAGGUUGAGAGAGUGCAUCACCAAAAAAUAAUAAUGAAAGCUGGGUGUAGUGGCUCACAUCUGCAGUCCCAGCACUUGGGAGGCUGAGGCAGAAGGAUCACUAUGAGCUGGAUGCCAACUUUAGCUACAGAGUGAGACCCUGUCUCAAAAAAAGUAGCAUCCAUAUGCCACACAUUAUCAGCAGUGGGCACUGCUCUCUCAUCUCCCAGUAUAGAAUAUCCUCACUGCAUCUCUCACAGCAGAGACUGAGAAAAUGCCCAAUAAGGGCACUGGGGAGCAGACAGACAGACAGACGACAACACCUGUUUUUGUUUUCAACAUUUAAAGAAUGGGAGAAACCAUCUUCUGCUGUGUUCCUUCUUAAUUGUAUUUUCUAUCAUUUAACUCGCCUGCCUAGGUAUCUUCCACACAGGGUCUACAAUGCAGCGAUGCCAAAGGGUCUUGCCAGCCCUCCAAACCCCAACGCUUGGGUUUUUCCUAAGUCAUGUGUAUGGCUAAGGGGGGUACAUAUUAAGCUGUUGAAGACUUUUUACUUUAGCAUUUGAUAAUUUCAGAUUGUUUGGGGGGGUUUUUUGUUUGUUUUUUUUGUUUUUUUUGUUUUUUGUUUUUGUUUUUUCUGUUCAUGGAAAGCCUGGACCUAACUCUGAUGAACUGCUAAACAGGAAAAACCUUGACCUCCUGACUAGUGCUUAACCUCUUGCUCAAUGCCUCAGUCUCUCUUUACUGUUUUUAAGACCACAGUAGUCCUUUCAGUAGGUCUGGAAAAGUGUCUAAGCACACAUGUGGACACUUAGACAGGGAGCUGACAUUUCAGUGCCUGGGCUAACAGCCCCAAGAGCAGCAGGGUUAGAGCAAUAGCCUGACUGUGUUGAGCUCUACCCAACUAUCAGGAGAGGACCCAGCCCUGUGUUGUUUUCAGAACAGCAGCAGUGGGUGGUGUGGGCACUGCAUAGUAGGGAGCACUUCUUAUGUUUGGUUGUCUCUGGUUCUUUUUAACAUAAUCGUUCCUGUCCCUGCAUCCCCACCUCUUCAGCAUUUUGGCGGUAUCCUGCUUUGUACCUUUGUCUCUGCUGCUAUUUCCUUCUUUCUCAUUCCGGGAACUACCAAGAGCUCCAGGGACAGUCUGGAGAUACAUCCCAGGCUCCAAGGUCUCUUGCUCCUGAGCCCAGAUGCUUCCUCUGAGAGGCCUCUGACACAAUGGCUCUGCACAGGACUCUGCACCUGAGGUUCUCUUUCAGUAAAGAUGUUCUGUGGGAGUUGGAUUUUUAUUAUUUUCUAAGAAAGCAUUAUGCAAAAAGUUUCAAGGGCAUUUUAAAGAAAAGCCAUUUUUCUUGGCUUUUUCAAACAACUAUCUGUGGAUACUUUGUUUACUUUGUGAGUAUUAAAAUAUGCAUCAUCGCUGUGGCCUCAGGCACUGAAGCCAUGGCUGUCCCAUGAGUCCUCCCCCAGAGAAAAUGCCAUAUUAUUGUCAGCCCUUGUGGGUAAGUGGGUCAGAUGUGGAGCCGAUCUCCAUCUGUGUCCUGUACUCACAUCCAGCAGUCCUUUCUCAGUGCUGGUGUGUCUCCAUAGUGAUGGUCGUGAUGGUGAAUGGAUAGUAUGAUUGUUUGGUUUUCGCUUUUUAACGGUAGACAAGGUGACAUUCCGUUGUUUCAGCACCAAUCCAACUUAAAAGAUCAUAGACUUCGUUAUCCCUUCCAAACUAAAAGAUCAAGCAUGUAUUGGACAUAAGUGUAUGUGUUGCCCCGACUCAUCUGGCACCCAUAUUAGUAAAAGGCCUGUCACCAAAGCAGGAAGCCGCACGCUCCUCUCUCCAGGGCUUUGGGACCUCUUGAUGCCAUGAAGAGCUAUUGCAAGGUGCUUCUGUAUUGCUCCAGCCUGAAGCAGAGAUGACUAGGCCUGCUUCUGCUAGGAAGAGAACCAGCCUCAUCUCAUUGCCCCAGAGAUCUAGGAUAGGAUUUCUAAACUGGAAUCAACCCUUACCAGCUUGAAGAGCCCCACCCCACCCUAGGUAUAGGGCUGGUGCUGCCAUCCACAGCAAUGCUGGUGGCAGUGUCCUGCCUACAGAGAGCAAAUGCCCCAAAUGGAAAGCUGGGGGACUGACAUGUUUCCUAGUCAGUCAGCCCACUGGGAAUUGAUGGGGUUUGUUUUAUUUGAUUGAUUUGCUUGGCAUAGCUAAAGGUGCCUUUCCCUCCCUCCCCCCUUUCAACCUUGUUUUGUAAGACUUGUUUGAAACCCAAACAAGUCCAAAAGACUCGCACUGACUGUUACCUUUGUCCAGGCUAUCCCAAACUUCUAUAUGCUCUCAUUUUAUUAAAAGCAGGUGCUCCCUGGAAUCUCUGGGACCUUUUUGAGGCAUUUAAAGCAGAAUAUAAAGAGUGGUCUCAUCUCCUUCCUUAAUCCUGGUGGUUGGGAUGUCCCACUUGUAUCAUAGUUGUUUUUAUUAUUACUGAUGUGCUCCGCUGUUUUUAAAUGUGAACUUGUGCGCAGAUGUGCAGAUUCAAUGUUCUUGUUACAGAUUGAAUAAAUUUUUAUUUUGAAGA